AUGGGAGGCACUCCAAUCGCCGAAGGGGUUUUCUCCCUUCUUGACACGGAUCUGUACAAGUUGACGAUGCAAUGCGCAGUCUUGAAGUACUUUCCGGACGUUCAGGUUACUUAUGGCUUCAACAAUCGCACUCCGGAUAUGAAGUUGUCACGAGGGGCAUAUAAAUGGCUACUGGCACAGAUAAAGCGCCUCGAAAAAAUAACCAUCACACCCGAGGAAAUCGAGUUUCUCCAAAAAUCCUGUCCCUACUUCAACGACGCCUACCUCUCAUACCUGCGCACCUUCCGCCUCAAACCCUCGCAACAAAUCAACAUCAAAUUCACACCCGAUGACAGCACCAACGACAGUGACGCCGCAGUUGGAGUCUUGGAAUACGUUGUCUCAGGCCUCUGGGUCGAAACCAUCCUCUAUGAAAUCCCCCUCCUCGCACUGACGAGCGAAGCAUACUUCAAAUUCUGUGACACAGACUGGAACUACGACGGUCAAGAAGAAAAGGCAUACACCAAGGGCAUAACUCUACUCGAACACGGAUGCAUAUUCUCCGAAUUUGGGUCAAGGCGGCGGCGCGAUUAUCAUACCCAUGACCUUGUGAUGAAAGGUCUUUGUCGGGCUGCAAAUGAUGCGCAACAGAAAGGUUAUCCAGGGAAAUUGUCGGGCACGAGUAAUGUGCAUCUUGCUAUGAAGUAUGGUGUUCCACCGGUGGGGACGGUGGCGCAUGAGUGGUAUAUGGGGAUUGCGGCAUUUACGAAUGAUUAUGAGAAUGCGAAUGAGAUGGGAUUGAGGUAUUGGUUGGGAUGUUACGGGGAGGGUGUUCUCGGUAUCGCACUGACAGAUACAUUCGGCACACCCGCUUUCCUAGAAGCAUUCGGCAAACCAAUCCCAGAGUAUACCACACCCAGCAGAGGCGUAGAAGCAACAUUCCCUUCUAGCGCCGCAACAACAGAAAACACCACACCACAGAGUCUAGCAGACAUCAAAUCACCAAUCGAAGCACCGUCGACCCAUGCCCCAAAACAAGCGCCACAAAAGACAUACGCACAAGUCUUCACAGGCAUCCGCCAGGAUUCAGGCGAUCCUAAACACUUCGUCAAACUCGUCCGCGACUUUUAUGACAAGCAAGGCAUAACCGAGAAGAAAGUAAUUGUGUUUUCUGACUCACUCAAGGUGGAAAAUUGUCUGGAAUACAAGGCUAUAUCUGAACAAGCUGGAUUCCAGCCUACGUUUGGCGUGGGAACGUUUUUCACCAAUGACUUCACCAAACUCUCAACAAACACAAAAUCCAUCCCACUAAACAUCGUCAUCAAAAUCGCUUCUGCGGAUGGUCAUCCCGCCGUGAAGUUGAGUGAUAAUCUAGGCAAAAACACCGGCGAUAAACAAAUGGUGCAGGAGGUGAAGAGACGGUUGGGGUAUGUAGAGAAUGUUUGGGAGGAAGGGAACGAAGCUACGAGGUGGGGGAAGAAGGGUGAUUGA